AUGGCUAAUGGCUUUCCCUCUCCGCCCUUUGGCCCCCACGGCGUACUUGGUCACUGGGCCGUUGUCGGCCACGGUUUUAGCAUUGCCUCUAUAAUAUCGUCAAUCUUCGUCAUCUUCGUUGUUGCUAUCGCCUGUUGGCACAGCCGUCUCUAUUACAACCGCCCCUCGUUCCGCCUCUCCGCGUGGAUUGCAGUAUGCGAUGUCAUCUACGCUGUCUGCCAGGUCUGCACGUUUGACAACCAGCUCAUGACGUCUCUGCCCAUGAUUAAUCUGCGCGCAAUCAACUGGAUGAUGAAAGGAUCGGUACUGUCGUUCAUCUUGCUCUCGGUAUGCCUCGGAAUCCACCUCAUCCUGACUGUAGUUAUGCGCAAGAAGCACCUUGCUGACAAAAUCCAGUAUUGGUACGAGCCAGUCAGUCUAGUCGCCGGGUUCUUGAUCUCCCACCCGAUCAUGUACCUCUACGAUGGCGUGCAGUGGAAGGUCAACUCGCAGGGGUUCCACUUUAUCGGAGACCCGAAUACAUUCAAGCGAAACAGCUGGCUUAUCCUUUGGGGCUGGGUGUUUGCUGGCGUAAUAUUCCUGGUUGCAGUGUCAUUUAUGGUCUAUAUUGUGAUGCUCAGCACGUUUCGUGGCACGAUCCAGUACAUGCAGAUGCCUGAAGGCGAUGAUGGCCUCGAGACCCUCACUUCCUCAUCCAUGAGCAAGGAGCGCAAGCGACUAAUCCGCUCAGUCAUCAUGCGUAUUGCCAUGUACCCUGCUGUGCCGAUUUUCACGCAGGGCUGGGUACUUGCUGCCAACACGGUCACCACUCUGCCGUACUGGCUCUACGUUGUAGCCAGCCUGAUGCCCGCACUACAAGGCGCGUUCAAUUUCCUCGUAUUCCUGUUUAAUCCGGCUUGGGAUGGCCAGCGCAGGAUGCUUAUCGAUCCUUUCCUUAAGCGCAUCGGAAAGAAGCAGAAGCAGAAGCAAAAGGACCUCGAGUCUGGAAGCGCAGACAUGUUUGUGUACCACACAAACGACUCGACCAUCAGGCUUUCGCCGUAUCAGUCGCGUAACUAA